AUUAGUUAGUUCAUAGUGAGUACGAAUAAAUGUUGUUGCAAUAUAUGCCCCCGCCCCCCUUGAACUUUUAUUUAUCAAACUAUGUUCACUCGUCUGUGAAGAAUUCUUCUGUGACAAAUAUUUAUGAAAAGGAUAUUUAAAGAGAAAUAAAAGUUGUUAUUGUAUACAAAUCUCAAAAGAUGCCUAAGAAACCGGUUCGAAAUGCUUUCUAUUUCUAUAUGCUUGAUUAUAAAGAGGAACAAAGACAAAAAGGUGUAAAUUAUAGCAAUUUGGCAGCUGUUGCUGAUGCAGCAGGUCCUCUGUGGAGGGAUGCACCGCCCUCAAUAAGGACAAAAUAUGACGAAAUAGCCAAAAAACACAGACAGAAAACAAAUUUCACUGAUCAAAAGUUUACUUCCACCGGCAUACCGAUUUCUGUUAUAGAACAAAACGAAAGAGAAGCUAAAGAGGCAGAGGAACAAGAGAUACAGGAUAUCAAAAAUCUUGUUAAAUUACGCGGUUUUAACAACACUGCUAAGACAUUGGAUAUCUAUGUGAUGGAUGUUAAUUGCUACUGCAAGACGGGUUCCGAUUACAUCAUCGGUGAGAGUACACUGCUGAGAUUUAAUGUGGAGGAAGGAAUCAGAGAUACCUACCAUGAAAUAAUCAACCCGGGUGUCAUACCGGUGGGGUAUGCAUAUGAUAUGAAGCUGAGUUGCAAAGAGUUCGGUCUGGAAAUGCCGGAUGAGGGUUCCAAAAAAUCCAAUUACAUGCAGAUACUGGCCAAUAUAAUUGACUAUCUAAAACAACAAGAUCGCACAUCCAAGGUCCUGCCGCCAAUAUUCACGAUGCCGGAUAAAGUGGCCCCUGUUCAGAACUUUAUACAUCAACUUUGCAGGCGUGUAGCUGAAGAUGAAAAUCAAUUUAGAAUUUAUAAACUGGAUACGUUAUUUUUUACCUUAAUCAAUACCCUCAAAACUCGGGCUGACGAGGGUUUCCCGAAGGAAUCAUUGGCUUUACUGCAACUGAAGAAAGAUCCGUUCAAAUAUUCACCCGGGAUUGGUUGUGAGCAUCACGAGGAGAAUGACAAGUCGGUGGAGUGCACACUGUCCCGUGUGAAGCGCUGGUCGUACACCGUGUUAGACGCGUGCUGUCCCGUGGCCGGGGUGACGGCCCGACCCGCCUGUCACGUGCCACCGGACUACGACCUGGAGAGCAUCCAAGUUUAUCAGGAGCAGAAGAGGGGCAGGGUCGCUCCGUCUGUAGGUGGAUAUGAGUUCAACUUGUCGUCUUGCAAUUCAUCUCUGUUAAGUGAUUCGUUUUUGGACACCACAAGCAACAUGACAACAGACAGCAGCCGAAGGGAGAAACGUGUUCAUGUGCCACUGAGGAUGCCUAAAGCUGAUUAUUCUCAAGCUAUUCGCCUGGCCCCUGAAUUAACCGAAGAAGAAUUUCCCAGUCUUGGUGGUUCUCGCAUAGGAAGAGGACGCGGUUUGGGCGGCAGCUUACCUAAACUGAAGACUGAGAAGUAACAUGAAAAAAAUAUCAUCAGUAUCCUUAAUACAAGUUUGUAACAUACCCACAACAUACGGAGCAUUACCGUUUCUCAUUCAAUUACCUAUACAAAGAGACGAAACUUAUCAUUCCAUGGAUUCACCGACCGGUGCCGGGUUCAUCCUUGCAGGGAGAGGAGCUUCAACAGUGCCUGGGACUUGCAACCCAGGUGUAGGUUUAAGGGGUCCCUAUAUAACGCGUUAAACGCUUACCUCCACCAUCCAAGCUCCUCUCUCUACCUAACCAAACUUGGAACGAACCUACUAGGUGUAUCAUAAUAUUAAUGAAUGUAAUUAAAAUGAGUAACAGUAUGCGCUUACGAUAAUAAUGAUGAAAACUUGGACUAUGUAUACUGAGUGUUAGUUGUAAGGAGUUAAUUUUCAAGCCAUACUCAUUAAUACCUCAUGUUUCAAUAUGCUUUGACAGACAAAAAGAUGACGUUGAACAUGUGAAUGAAUCUUUAUAAAUGUUAAUACGUUUUGUCCUGUUGUUUUUUCAUUCAGACACCGUUUAUGUGAAUGUUGAUAAAUAAAAAUUAAUUAAUAAAACAGAAUAUUACAUACAAUUCAAAUGUUAGUUGAUAUUUUUCUAAAUAUGUUAUGCCACACACGUUACAGUGUACUUAAGUCAAGACAUUCACAAAUACACGUAUUUCGGAGGUGACUACAAACGGCCCAAACACGCUUGCACAAACGUCAUUUCAGUGACAUUUGAGCAAGCGUGUGUACAUACUACAUACAGCGAGAUACUUAUGCUAUGGAUGACGCAAUGACUGAAGUUGGCUUUAUUUUAGCGACAAAGAACUAAAAAUUCAGAAGAGAAGACGAUUUGUGUGAACUAAGACUGGUUAUUUUUUGUUCCUGUAGUGGUAUCCCUUGCUUUUAGUUACCAAAGACAUGGCUCAUACCUAUAUAUUAAAAAAUCUUCAAUUAUAGCUCAAAAUCCAUGCCUCUACAUUCUCGUUCAUUUUGGCGCGAAAAUGACAUGAAUAUGUAGGUGGCUACUACCAUAUUGUAACUUGCUCUUACACAUGUUUAUGUAAAAUUUAACAAACGCAAUAUUACACAAGUUUUGUAUUGAAAUUUGGAGAACCUGUGCGUGCCAAAAAUUUGUACAGUUUUCUUCCAAUACACUUGACUUUCACAAGUAUACUGUAAUGUGUAUGUCCGCCAUAACAACAAAUACCUGAUUGAAAUUAAAAAGAAUUUAAAUUGCCAAUUAUAUUCUUGGGUUACAUUAUUAAUAAUUUUUUUCAAAAACCUCAUUUGUUUAUAAAGAUAAAUCUUAAGGCUUUUUUUUUGUCCUUAAUUAGUGUUUUCAUUGACUAAUUAUAUACCAAUUACCAACAGGGUAAAGAAUUUCUGAACUAUAUUGACACAAGAUUGCUUAUCUGUGAUUUAAAGUUGAAGAAUAUACAUGUUAAGUAAAAA